AUGUCAGUCAAACAGUCAGUCCAUCAGUCAGUCCAACAGUCAGUCCAACCGUCAGUCCAACCGUCAGUCCAACCGUCAGUCCAACCGUCAGUCCAUCAGUCAGUCCAUCAGUCAGUCCAACAUCAGUCCAACAGUCAGUCAAACAGUCAGUCCAACAGUCAGUCCAACCGUCAGUCCAACAGUCACUCCAAUGGUCAGUCAAACAGUCAGUCCAUCAGUCAGUCCAACAGUCAGUCCAACAGUCAGUCCAUCAGUCAAUCCAACAGUCAGUCCAUCAGUCCAACAGUCAGUCCAUCAGUCAGUCCCACUGUCAGUCCAACAGUCAGUCCAUCAGUCAGUCUCACAGUAAGUCCAACAGUCAGUCCAACCGUCAGUCCAUCAGUCAGUCCAUCAGUCAGUCCAACAGUAAGUCCAUCAGUCAGUCCAUCAGUCAGUCUGUCAGUCCAACAGUCAUUCCAUCAGUCAGUCCAACAGUUAGUCCAAAAGUCCAACCGUCAGUCCAACAAUCAGUCCAACCGUCAGUCCAACAGUCAGUCCAUCAGUCAUUCCAACAGUCAGUCCAACAGUCAGUCCAAAAGUCCAACCGUCAGUCCUACGGUCAGUCCAAUAGUCAGUCCAACAGUCCAUCAGUCCGUCCACCAUCAGUCCAACAGUCAGUCCAUCACACAUUCCAACAGUCAGUCCAGCAGUCAGUCUAACAGUCACUCCAAUCGUCAGUCAAACAGUCAGUCCAUCAGUCAGUCCAACAGUCAGUCCAACUGUCAGUUCAUCAGUCAAUCCAACAGUCAGUCCAUCAGUCAGUCCAUCAGUCAGUCCCACAGUCAGUCCAACAGUCAGUCCAUCAGUCAGUCUCACAGUAAGUCCAACAGUCAGUCCAACCGUCAGUCCAACCGUCAGCCCAACCGUCAGUCCAUCAGUCAGUCCAUCAGUCAGUCCAACAGUCAGUCCAUCAGUCAGUCCAUCAGUCAGUCUGUUAGUCCAACAGUCAUUCCAUCAGUCAGUCCAACAGUCAGUCCAAAAGUCCAACCGUCAGUCCAACAGUCAUUCCAUCAGUCAUUCCAACAGUCAGUCCAUAAGUCCAACUGUCAGUCCAUCAGUCCAAUAGUCAGUCCAACAGUCAGUCUAACAGUCAGUCCAUCAGUCAGUCCAACAGUCAGUCCAAAAGUAAGUCCAUCAGUCAGUCGAAAAGUCAGUCCAUCAGUCAGUCCAACAGUAAGUCCAUCAGUCCAACAGUCAGUCCAUCAGUUCAACAGUCAGUCCAACCAUCAGUCAAACAGUCAGUCCAACAGUCAGUCCACCAGUCAGUCCAACAGUCAGUCCAACUGUCAGUCCAUCAGUCAGUCCAACAGUCAGUCCAUCAGUCCAACAGUCAGUCCAACCGUCAGUCCAACAUCAGUCCAUAAGUCCAACAGUCAGUCCAUCAGUCCAAUAGUCAGUCCAACAGUCAGUCUAACAGUCAGUCCAUCAGUCAGUCCAACAGUCAGUCCAACAGUCAGUCCAACCAUCAGUCCAACAGUCAGUCCAAAAGUAAGUCCAUCAGUCAGUCGAAAAGUCAGUCCAUCAGUCAGUCCAACAGUAAGUCCAUCAGUCCAACAGUCAGUCCAUCAGUUCAACAGUCAGUCCAACCAUCAGUCAAACAGUCAGUCCAACAUUCAGUCCACCAGUCAGUCCAACAGUCAGUCCAACUGUCAGUCCAUCAGUCAGUUCAACAGUCAGUCCAUCAGUCAAUUCCACAGUCAGUCCAACAGUCAGUCCACCAGUCAGUCCAACAGUCAGUCCAACAGUCAGUCCAUCAGUCAGUUCAACAGUCAGUCCAUCAGUCAAUUCCACAGUCAGUCCAUCAGUCAGUCCAACCGUCAGUCCAACAGUCAGUCCAUCAGUCAGUUCAACAGUCAGUCCAUCAGUCAAUUCCACAGUCAGUCCAACAGUCAGUCCACCAGUCAGUCCAACAAGCCAGUCCAACAGUCAGUCCAUCAGUCAGUCCAACAGUCAGUCCAACAUUCCAACAAUCAGUCCCACAGUCAGUCCAACAGUCAGUCCAUCAGUCAGUCUCACAGUAAGUCCAACAGUCAGUCCAACCGUCAGUCCAACCGUCAGUCCAACCGUCAGUCCAUCAGUCAGUCCAUCAGUCAGUCCAACAGUCAGUCCAUCAGUCAGUCCAUCAGUCAGUCUGUUAGUCCAACAGUCAUUCCAUCAGUCAGUCCAACAGUCAGUCCAAAAGUCCAACCGUCAGUCCAACAGUCACUCCAAUGGUCAGUCAAACAGUCAGUCCAUCAGUCAGUCCAACAGUCAGUCCAACGUCAGUCCAACCGUCAGUCCAACCGUCAGUCCAACCGUCAGUCCAUCAGUCAGUCCAUCAGUCAGUCCAACAGUCAGUCCAUCAGUCAGUCCAACAGUCAGUCCAUCAGUCAGUCCAUCAGUCAGUCUGUUAGUCCAACAGUCAUUCCAUCAGUCAGUCCAACAGUCAGUCAAACAGUCAGUCCAAAAGUCCAACCGUCAGUCCAACAGUCACUCCAAUGGUCAGUCAAACAGUCAGUCCAUCAGUCAGUCCAACAGUCAGUCCAACUGUCAGUCCAUCAGUCAAUCCAACAGUCAGUCCAUCAGUCCAACAGUCAGUCCAUCAGUCCAUCAGUCAGUCCCACAGUCAGUCCAACAGUCAGUCCAUCAGUCAGUCUCACAGUAAGUCCAACAGUCAGUCCAACCGUCAGUCCAUCAGUCAGUCCAUCAGUCAGUCCAACAGUAAGUCCAUCAGUCAGUCCAUCAGUCAGUCUGUCAGUCCAACAGUCAUUCCAUCAGUCAGUCCAACAGUUAGUCCAAAAGUCCAACCGUCAGUCCAACAAUCAGUCCAACCGUCAGUCCAACAGUCAGUCCAUCAGUCAUUCCAACAGUCAGUCCAACAGUCAGUCCAAAAGUCCAACCGUCAGUCCUACGUCCGUCCACCAUCAGUCCAACAGUCAGUCCAACAGUCAGUCCAUCACACAUUCCAACAGUCAGUCCAGCAGUCAGUCCAACAGUCACUCCAAUCGUCAGUCAAACAGUCAGUCCAUCAGUCAGUCCAACAGUCAGUCCAACUGUCAGUUCAUCAGUCAAUCCAACAGUCAGUCCAUCAGUCAGUCCAUCAGUCAGUCCCACAGUCAGUCCAACAGUCAGUCCAUCAGUCAGUCUCACAGUAAGUCCAACAGUCAGUCCAACCGUCAGUCCAACCGUCAGCCCAACCGUCAGUCCAUCAGUCAGUCCAUCAGUCAGUCCAACAGUCAGUCCAUCAGUCAGUCCAUCAGUCAGUCUGUUAGUCCAACAGUCAUUCCAUCAGUCAGUCCAACAGUCAGUCCAACAGUCAGUCCAAAAGUCCAACCGUCAGUCCAACAGUCAUUCCAUCAGUCAUUCCAACAGUCAGUCCAUAAGUCCAACAGUCAGUCCAUCAGUCCAAUAGUCAGUCCAACAGUCAGUCAAACAGUCAGUCCAUCAGUCAGUCCAACAGUCAGUCCAACCAUCAGUCCAACAGUCAGUCCAAAAGUAAGUCCAUCAGUCAGUCGAAAAGUCAGUCCAUCAGUCAGUCCAACAGUAAGUCCAUCAGUCCAACAGUCAGUCCAUCAGUUCAACAGUCAGUCCAACCAUCAGUCAAACAGUCAGUCCAACAGUCAGUCCACCAGUCAGUCCAACAGUCAGUCCAACUGUCAGUCCAUCAGUCAGUCCAACAGUCAGUCCAACCGUCAGUCAAACAGUCAGUCCAUCAGUCAGUACAACAGUCACUCUAACAGUCACUCAAAGGGUCAGUCCAACAGUCAGUCCAUCAGUCAGUCCAACAGUCAGUCCAACAUUCCAACAAUCAGUCACACAGUCAGUCCAACAGUCAGUCCAUCAGUCAGUCUCACAGUAAGUCCAACAGUCAGUCCAACCGUCAGUCCAACCGUCAGUCCAACCGUCAGUCCAUCAGUCAGUCCAUCAGUCAGUCCAACAGUCAGUCCAUCAGUCAGUCCAUCAGUCAGUCUGUUAGUCCAACAGUCAUUCCAUCAGUCAGUCCAACAGUCAGUCCAACAGUCAGUCCAAAAGUCCAACCGUCAGUCCAACAGUCACUCCAAUGGUCAGUCAAACAGUCAGUCCAUCAGUCAGUCCAACAGUCAGUCCAACGUCAGUCCAACCGUCAGUCCAACCGUCAGUCCAACCGUCAGUCCAUCAGUCAGUCCAUCAGUCAGUCCAACAGUCAGUCCAUCAGUCAGUCCAACAGUCAGUCCAUCAGUCAGUCCAUCAGUCAGUCUGUUAGUCCAACAGUCAUUCCAUCAGUCAGUCCAACAGUCAGUCAAACAGUCAGUCCAAAAGUCCAACCGUCAGUCCAACAGUCACUCCAAUGGUCAGUCAAACAGUCAGUCCAUCAGUCAGUCCAACAGUCAGUCCAACUGUCAGUCCAUCAGUCAAUCCAACAGUCAGUCCAUCAGUCCAACAGUCAGUCCAUCAGUCAGUCCCACAGUCAGUCCAACAGUCAGUCCAUCAUUCAGUCUCACAGUAAGUCCAACAGUCAGUCCAACCGUCAGUCCAUCAGUCAGUCCAUCAGUCAGUCCAACAGUAAGUCCAUCAGUCCAACAGUCAGUCCAUCAGUCCAUCAGUCAGUCCCACAGUCAGUCCAACAGUCAGUCCAUCAGUCAGUCUCACAGUAAGUCCAACAGUCAGUCCAACCGUCAGUCCAUCAGUCAGUCCAUCAGUCAGUCCAACAGUAAGUCCAUCAGUCAGUCCAUCAGUCAGUCUGUCAGUCCAACAGUCAUUCCAUCAGUCAGUCCAACAGUCAGUCCAACCGUCAGUCCAACAAUCAGUCCAACCGUCAGUCCAACAGUCAGUCCAUCAGUCAUUCCAACAUCCAACAGUCAGUCCAACAGUCAGUCCAACCAUCAGUCCAACAGUCAGUCCAAAAGUAAGUCCAUCAGUCAGUCGAAAAGUCAGUCCAUCAGUCAGUCCAACAGUAAGUCCAUCAGUCCAACAGUCAGUCCAUCAGUUCAACAGUCAGUCCAACCAUCAGUCAAACAGUCAGUCCAACAUUCAGUCCACCAGUCAGUCCAACAGUCAGUCCAACUGUCAGUCCAUCAGUCAGUCCAACAGUCAGUCCAUCAGUCCAACAGUCAGUCCAACCGUCAGUCCAACAGUCAGUCCAUCAGUCAGUUCAACAGUCAGUCCAUCAGUCAAUUCCACAGUCAGUCCAACAGUCAGUCCACCAGUCAGUCCAACAUCAGUCCAACAGUCAGUCCAACAGUAAGUCCAUCAGUCCAACAGUCAGUCCAUCAGUUCAACAGUCAGUCCAACCAUCAGUCAAACAGUCAGUCCAUCAGUCAGUACAACAGUCACUCUAACAGUCACUCAAAGAGCCAGUCCAACAGUCAGUCCAUCAGUCAGUCCAACAGUCAGUCCAACAUUCCAACAAUCAGUCCCACAGUCAGUCCAACAGUCAGUCCAUCAGUCAGUCUCACAGUAAGUCCAACAGUCAGUCCAACCGUCAGUCCAACCGUCAGUCCAUCAGUCAGUCCAUCAGUCAGUCCAACAGUCAGUCCAUCAGUCAGUCCAUCAGUCAGUCUGUUAGUCCAACAGUCAUUCCAUCAGUCAGUCCAACAGUCAGUCCAACAGUCAGUCCAAAAGUCCAACCGUCAGUCCAACAGUCACUCCAAUGGUCAGUCAAACAGUCAGUCCAUCAGUCAGUCCAACAGUCAGUCCAACGUCAGUCCAACCGUCAGUCCAACCGUCAGUCCAUCAGUCAGUCCAUCAGUCAGUCCAACAGUCAGUCCAUCAGUCAGUCCAACAGUCAGUCCAUCAGUCAGUCCAUCAGUCAGUCUGUUAGUCCAACAGUCAUUCCAUCAGUCAGUCCAACAGUCAGUCAAACAGUCAGUCCAAAAGUCCAACCGUCAGUCCAACAGUCACUCCAAUGGUCAGUCAAACAGUCAGUCCAUCAGUCAGUCCAACAGUCAGUCCAACUGUCAGUCCAUCAGUCAAUCCAACAGUCAGUCCAUCAGUCCAACAGUCAGUCCAUCAGUCAGUCCCACAGUCAGUCCAACAGUCAGUCCAUCAGUCAGUCUCACAGUAAGUCCAACAGUCAGUCCAACCGUCAGUCCAUCAGUCAGUCCAUCAGUCAGUCCAACAGUAAGUCCAUCAGUCAGUCCAUCAGUCAGUCUGUCAGUCCAACAGUCAUUCCAUCAGUCAGUCCAACAGUUAGUCCAAAAGUCCAACCGUCAGUCCAACAAUCAGUCCAACCGUCAGUCCAACAGUCAGUCCAUCAGUCAUUCCAACAGUCAGUCCAACAGUCAGUCCAAAAGUCCAACCGUCAGUCCUACGGUCAGUCCAAUAGUCAGUCCAACAGUCCAUCAGUCCGUCCACCAUCAGUCCAACAGUCAGUCCAACAGUCAGUCCAUCACACAUUCCAACAGUCAGUCCAGCAGUCAGUCCAACAGUCACUCCAAUCGUCAGUCAAACAGUCAGUCCAUCAGUCAGUCCAACAGUCAGUCCAACUGUCAGUUCAUCAGUCAAUCCAACAGUCAGUCCAUCAGUCAGUCCAUCAGUCAGUCCCACAGUCAGUCCAACAGUCAGUCCAUCAGUCAGUCUCACAGUAAGUCCAACAGUCAGUCCAACCGUCAGUCCAACCGUCAGCCCAACCGUCAGUCCAUCAGUCAGUCCAUCAGUCAGUCCAACAGUCAGUCCAUCAGUCAGUCCAUCAGUCAGUCUGUUAGUCCAACAGUCAUUCCAUCAGUCAGUCCAACAGUCAGUCCAACAGUCAGUCCAAAAGUCCAACCUCAGUCCAACAGUCAGUCUAACAGUCAGUCCAUCAGUCAGUCCAACAGUCAGUCCAACCAUCAGUCCAACAGUCAGUCCAAAAGUAAGUCCAUCAGUCAGUCGAAAAGUCAGUCCAUCAGUCAGUCCAACAGUAAGUCCAUCAGUCCAACAGUCAGUCCAUCAGUUCAACAGUCAGUCCAACCAUCAGUCAAACAGUCAGUCCAACAGUCAGUCCACCAGUCAGUCCAACAGUCAGUCCAACUGUCAGUCCAUCAGUCAGUCCAACAGUCAGUCCAUCAGUCCAACAGUCAGUCCAACCGUCAGUCCAACAGUCAGUCCAUCAGUCAGUUCAACAGUCAGUCCAUCAGUCAAUUCCACAGUCAGUCCAACAGUCAGUCCACCAGUCAGUCCAACAGUCAGUCCAACUGUCAGUCCAUCCGUCAGUCCAACAGUCAGUCCAUCAGUCAGUUCAACAGUCAGUCCAUCAGUCAAUUCCACAGUCAGUCCAUCAGUCAGUCUCACAGUAAGUCCAACAGUCAGUCCAACCGUCAGUCCAUCAGUCAGUCCAUCUGUCAGUCCAACAGUCAGUCCAAAAGUCAGUCCAUCAGUCAGUCCGUCAGUCCAACAGUCAGUCCAAAAGUCCAACCGUCAGUCCAACAGUCAGUCCAACCGUCAGUCCAACAGUCAGUCCAUCAGUCAGUCCAACAGUAA